AUGCUCCCACCCUGCUCCAGGUACAAGGAGAGGCACCAGGUGCAGCUGCUGGGCCGCGGCUUCAUCGCGGGCAUCGACCUGAAGCAGCAGAAGCGGGAGCAGUCGCGGUUCUAUGGGGAUCUGAUGGAGAAGAGGAGGACGCUGGAGGAGAAGGAGCAGGAGGAGGCCCGGCUGCGGAAGCUGAGGAAGAAGGAGGCCAAGCAGCGCUGGGACGACCGACACUGGUCCCAGAAGAAGCUGGACGAGAUGACGGACAGGGACUGGCGCAUCUUCCGGGAGGAUUACAGCAUCACCACCAAGGGGGGCAAGAUCCCCAACCCCAUCCGCUCCUGGAAGGACUCCUCCCUGCCCCCCCACAUCCUGGAGGUCAUCGACAAGUGCGGAUACAAGGAGCCGACCCCGAUCCAGCGCCAGGCCAUCCCCAUCGGGCUGCAGAACCGGGACAUCAUCGGCGUGGCCGAGACCGGCAGCGGCAAGACGGCGGCGUUCCUGAUCCCACUGCUCGUGUGGAUCACCACCCUGCCCAAAAUCGACCG